AUGUCAUCAUCAUCAACACCAACACUCAAGCUGGCUUCCGGCGCCAACAUGCCCCAGGCUGGGUUUGGCCUUUGGAAAGUCCCAGCUGACCAGACCGCCGAUACUGUCUACAAUGCGAUCAAGACUGGAUAUCGAUUGUUCGACGGGGCGUACGACUAUCAAAACGAGAAGGAAGCCGGCGAAGGCAUCCAACGCGCCAUCAAAGACGGCCUAGUAAAACGCGAGGACAUCUUCGUGACCACCAAACUAUGGAACAACUAUCACUCCCGAGAACGCGCGCUUGAGAUGGCCAAGGCCCAGAACGAGGCCUGGGGUCUCGGCUAUAUCGAUCUCUAUCUCAUCCAUUUCCCCAUUGCUCUGAAAUACAUCUCCCCCGAAAAGCUGAGGUAUCCGGGCUGGUGGCAGGACGCGGACCAGAAGAUCAUCGAGCGUGCGCAUGUUUCGAUGAAGGAGACGUGGCAGGCGCUCGAGGAGAUCGUGGACCAAGGCAUUGCCAAAUCGAUUGGCGUUUCCAACACCCAAGGCCAAAUGCUGUACGACAUCAACACAUAUGCGCGCCACCCUCUCUCCGUGCUCCAAAUCGAACAUCACCCGUACCUUGUUCAACCAGAUCUAAUUGCCCUCGCGAAGGAUCUCAACAUCGCCGUCACCGCUUACUCGUCCUUCGGCCCCCAGAGCUUCUUGGAGCUACCGCCGGCCUUCCGAAAACGCCCCGAGAGCAUCCCGACGUUAUUCGAGAGCGAUCCCGUGACGUCCGCCGCGAAAUCACACGGCAAGACGCCCGCCCAGGUCCUGCUCCGCUGGUCAACCCAGCGAGGAAUCGCCGUGAUUCCCAAAUCGAACAACCCUGACCGCUUGAAGCAGAAUUUGGAUGUGGUGGAUGGGAGCUUCGAUCUGACCCCAGAGCAGAUCGAGGCCAUCAGUGCUCUCGACAAGGGCCUUCGAUUCAACGACCCCGGAUAUUAUCUCCAUGAGCCGUUGAGAAUCUUCUCCUAA